AUGCCUGUCGAGCUGCCUAAGCGAAAUGUCAAACCCACAAAGAAUAAAGACCAGCUGAUAGCCAAGAGCCGAACCUACCGCAUUGAUCAGAAAGCCCUCCGUGAGGACCUGCGGCGCCAAGAAAAGGAAUUGCGUAAAGAACUGUUGCGCCUGGAGAAGAGGGCUAAGGAGCCCUCACCGUUCGCCAGAUACAUUCACGAGCUGAACACAAGGUACUACCUGUACACGGAUGAAGUAUUCAAGGCUACAGACUUGUCCCAUUCUCAUGAUAUUGACCAGACAGUAGAGCUCGACGGUGGAGUGAAAUUCUUCUACCCGCGAUCCAAACUAGCUCUGCCGUCGUCCGUGUCUGAAACCAGCAACACGUUGUGGAAGCUUGGUGAGCAUCUUUUCAACGACAAGCAAAGCUACGUGCAGCACCACAACGUCGAGGACUCGAAUAACACGCUCGUUGUGAGCUUCACCGACACAAAUGUGUUGGAAACUGGGGAUACGGUGCAGAUAUCCCACUGGUACGUAGCUAGACGGUUCAUCCAAGACAAACGCGUUGUGAUCGGCUGGAAACAUAUUUUCCAAGGGGAAGGCAUUUUGUGCGGCCUAAAAGAGGACGAGACAGGCUGGUGUCUUCGGCCGACGUGA